CUCGUAUUUGUUUGCGGCGAUGGUGACCCACAGUCCGGCUCCGAACACAAUCUGCAGGAUCCGGAUGAGUCCCAAAAAGGCUCAUUGACGUCAAUGGAUUUCAGAAAACACACCCUACGUGGCCAGGAGGCGGAGCCCAACGCCCCCCCUUCCUCACCCAAACCUGUGAUUGGUCGAGAAAAAGCUGUUGCCGAACCCCGACAGGAGGCAUCAGAGAAUGUCUCUCCGCUCAUUGGUCGUUGGACUGCAUUGAUUCGUGACUGACCGUCGGCUCAAGGACAUACAUUGGCUGCAGGUGAAACGGAGUGACCUGCUAGGGUUCAGUGUUGUGAAAGAUUUCAUAAAGAUAAUCAAGCGGAGUGAGAUGCUGUGGGAGCAAAGCGCGCUAUCAGUUAAUCUUCGGAAUAGAGCCAGUGUAUGCCACCUUUUCCCGUGUUUCUCCGGAUGGAUGCCGGACCCGCCUCCCCUCCUUCCUCCAUGGUGGCGGGCCCCUCCUCGCUGUGGCGGUAUGCCGAGAGGAGGAGUAGGAAGGCUGGCUCUGCCGACAUUUUUAGCAACGUGAAUCUGUGGCAGCUCCAGAGACUAUUCAGGGCGGCGGGGGAUCAAGAUGCGGAGCAGAGGGCCCAGCUGGUUUGGGGCCACGGAGAUGAAGCUGAACUGGCUCAGGCAUUGAAAGGACUUAGGUCCCGGGGUCACAGGAGAGGAGUGAGGGCCAACGGUAGAGAGGCGCUGGGCUCACACUGGCUACGAGCCUUCAAUCACCUCAGGAUCGGAGAGAGCUCGCAAAGCAGCCAGGGGAAGGAUCCCGGGGAGGAGACUGAUUCUGAGGCAGGAGGAGCACACAGCAGUCCGGAGCCACGCCGACGCACCUCCAUAGGGACAACAGGAAGAGGUGCAGGGGUACUAAGUGAGAGCCAGGGCCCUUUGGGGACUUCUGAGAGACCAGUUAGAACCAGCUCAGGACUGAGGAGAGGAGGCGAGACCAACCCAGAGAGAUACCUCCACAGAAUACUCCACUGACUUGACCAAAACCUCUGAGAUGCAAAACUGACUUAAUGACUGUCUGUGCGAGAAAGGAGCAGCACUUCCGCCUGCUCACCUGUCCUUAAUACUGCCCUGGUGUGUUCACAAACUGGAUUGGUUGAAUUAUCUUCUGGCAAAAGCAACAGUUACAAUUUAAAUUGGAUUGCAGGUUGAAUAGUUUCUUAUGAUGCCAUAAUGUCUGUCGUUUUAAAGUCCCUGAUCUGAUGGCAGUAUACUGACGCUGCUACAUCUUCACCUGAAUAAUGGAGGCAGCGCAACACUCUCAAUGACUCUUGUUGUCUCACAACGUUUUGUUGUGGUUCCCUCUCAUGAACUGCCUUGCGUGUUUUCCUACAUUCAUCCCACUCGCACUAAUCAUGCAUACCGAUAACUAUGGACAGGGACAAGACUUUCAAAAGGGGCAGUGUGUUAUCUAGCGGUGAGGUUGCAGAUUGCAACCAACUGAAACUUCUACUGUGUGCUCAGAGAAUAAGAAAACUACGUUUGUGAAUGGUCCUAUCUAGAGCCAGUGUUUGGUCUGUCCCUUCUGGGCUAGUGUACAUAUAUUUAUGUUAUUUAGAUAAAAACUGAAAAUGUGUGGGUCACAAAAACACAUACAUUCUCAUUUUCAUGUGAUUAUGCACUCAAGGAAUCAUAACGUAUUAAUAGUAUGAUCCAUUUCUGCUAAUAUAAUCUAUUAGCAAAAAUGCUACGCACUUUUGUUUUAAGUAGUAUUGUAGUUCAGUGGUGUAAACGUAUCAGCCGUACUCUGGUUAUCUGUGUGGUGUGUUACGCAGCAUUAUGUGAGGCGGCAUGAGAUGUAGAAUCACAUGUCCAUCUACUACACAUUCAGAGAUGUUGACUCAAACUUAAUGAUUCAAACUCUUCAUCUCACUGUUUGUAGUUAUUGAAAGGCAAGUUUCAGGUGGUUAAUAGAGACCAAAAAAAUAAAUGGACCCAUGUCCAGGGAAACUUGAAUAAGUAAUGUUCUCAUGUUAAAAUGUUCAUGGUCAGUGUGAAAAUCUCCUUUUCCUAUGAAAAGACUGUAUGCCACCAUACUCUCAAAAUGUUGUUAAUACUCUUUGUGUCAUUUUUAAAUAUCUGGUAAUAAAAGUAACAAUAAGG